GGUUGGGUUGCAUGUGGGAGGGUUUCCUGGGUGAUGGCAUAAAUCCUUGUUAAAAAAAAAAAAAAAAAAAAAAAACCCAGCAGCAACUUCCUUUUAGUUAACUUUUCCCAUUUUGGAAUUCGGGAGCACCAGCAGAGGUUCUCAGCAGAUCUCACAUCCAUUGCAACAUGUCAGAGUCAGCUGAAGCUGUAGCGGCUGAUGUGAGCAGCAAAAGAAGUGUUACCAUUGAAAUCACAAACGUCACCAACAACUACUGCCUCAUCAACCCCAGGGUGUAUCUUGAGAAUGGGGAGACAUACAACCCGCCUCAGCCCACAGUGCGCCCUCUCAAGACGGAGGUCUGCACUUUCACCAAGUCCGGCGGCAAAGCGACCGGCAGCGUUGGUGUGCUGACUUACGACCUCUUCGAGCGGUCACAGAACGACUUCAUUGAGACUCUGGCCAUCAUGUUCUCAGUUCCCUGGGACUACCACCUGUACAAGAACUGGUUUGCGGUGGGCAUCUACAAAAAGGGUCGUAACUGUGAUAAGGAUUUGUACAAAGAAAUGUACUAUGAGAAAAAGCAGCAUGAGCAUGGGUUUGUCAGGGAGGAAGCCAAUGGCUCGGGAAUCAAUCACGUAGGCAACUACCUAGAUAUCCAGGCCACCAUGUGCCCCCUCGGCAAAGCCAUCAUGAAGGUGGAGGUGUGGGAUAAGCUUUUCACACCCAUGGGUCAGCAGUCGUGCUAGAGACCCCUACUAACCAUUAGUUCCAUCAUUUGUCCCGACGGCAGAAUUCAUCCCUCCAUCUCGAGCAUUUACCUGGCAGAUAGUCUAACACAGUCAACAUGCAUGACUUAACAGACGUAUCACUGCUGACAUGUGUCUGUAUACCUGGGUAUUACGUUUCCGUAAAUCUGCUUAAGAUCAGAGUUUAAUUUGUUUAUAAAUCCAGGCAGCAAUAUCCCCCUUUAUGGCUGACGCCUCUGUCUGUUUCAAUAGCAUCCGGUUUUGAAAUGGCAUCUUUAGAAAUGGAAAUCAAAGGCUGACUCACUGGAGGAUGAGGGCACAUAGCUUAAUAAAACACACGGUUGUCUGUAUUUACCUUGACACUGUAGUCUGAGGAAUAAAAUAACACUUUUUUUUUUGCUGAAGCUGUUUGAGUGCCUGUCGAUUGAGUUUAGAAGAGUGUUUUAAAAGAAAGAAAUAAUAAUAAAAUUUUUGAAUACAAAAUUGUGUUCUUUUGUGCUAUUCAAAACAUGCUUUGUGUGUUAGUAGAUUCAGGAGGAUUGCACUGAGGUUUGGACAGAAACAAAGGCUUCAGUUUUUUUCCAUAGGGGCUGUAAGACAACAGCAAAGGGACACACCCUUUCUCAUGUUGCUCACCAAAGCACGUCGGUCAUCGCUAAAACUGUCUUCACAGCACACUGCACAUACAGUAAACUGACUGCAAUUCAUGUGUAAAUUUGUUGUGGCAGCCAUCAUUCUUAAAAUGUUCUGUAUAGCAAACAUUUAACGCAACUGUUGACAUUCCGUUCACAACAUUUUCAGAGCAUAUGAAAGUCAAAAAUAUUUGCAGUCCCACCAUCACUGCUGUGGCCCCUAGCUGUGGUGAAUUUCAUUGAAGAUGUUCCAUUGUUUUCUUUUCUUUUAAAGUAAUCUGCAGCUAAAUUAUUCAAAUUUGUGGGAAAGCAGUGCAGCCAAUGAAAAGAAAAUCAAUUGUGCCACAAAAAAUGUCUUAAAUAAUGUCUCUAUGUCUCUAAGAGAUGCAGUAGAAAAGUAUUUGCACCCAGAUUGUUAAGAUAUAGGGUGUUUUAACUGCCUGCGUUGCUAUCCUGAUAGAGCCAGAGGGACCAGUAAAAAUGCUUAUUUUUUAAGUUAUGUGGUUAUUGUGUAAAACACAAUCACUGGUUCGUUUUUAUGAGCCAGUAAACUCAUGGAGAAAAUGAUCAGAGGCACUUUAUUAUUUUGCGAUUAUGACCUUGGCAGCCACUAUGAGGCAGUGGUGACUGAGACAAGCAUGGAGUCAGGUGAAGACCUUGUUAUUAGGACCGCUCAGCAACUCACUUACUAAUAGCUUCAUAAUUCUUUAAUUUGGUAGAAAUGACAAUCUUGAUGUGUUAAUGUCACUAUCAAAGGAUUUGUUUUUGCAGUAAUGGCACAAGCAGCUGUUUAUAGGUGCAGUCAUUAACGUUGGGGAAAUGUGGUGUUGUGAGGCAGCAGGGCUGAAUAUCAGCUCUUCAUUUACAUCACAGGCGAAGUUAUCAGGUUCCUGGAUUCUAUUCACAAUCUCCACACUGCAGUCCUGAUUCUGUUUUCCCAGCAGAUCCAUGAUGCUUUUUGCAGCAUUAACUGUUCCAGCCACAAAGAAGCCUAGAUCAAAGGUUUUUGCUCACUGUCACCGUUGCAUUUACAUGAAAGCCAUACAUAAUAUAGAGGCAUAGACUACGCCUGUUUAGGCUCAAUGUCUGAGGCAUUGUGAGGUGGGUGUAUUGGAGGAAUGACACACUGUCCCUAUAAACACAUCCGGACACUUAAGUUUGUCGGAGUCUUUAAAUGGGAUAAGUUCCCACCCGUUCCUUUUCAUAUUUUUCCUUUCAGUCUCUCCUCUAAUGUUUACUAUACCUGCACAUAAGUCUUCUUUCAUAUCUUGUAUUAUAAUGUUGACUGCAUGUGUUUGUGUCUUCACUGGAAGGUACAGUAUGUGUGCUGGCACGCUUUUGUGAUGAGCAUCUCUGAGUGCAGGGUACAUUUGCUCCUGCCCAUGCAGAUAUGGAUAUUUUAUAUCAAAUAAAUGCCUUUGUGCAUUAUGUGAUUCGUAUUUUAGUCUGAAAAAAAAAUUCAAGAACACUGUGGGAUUAGACUUCUCAAACAGGAAACAAAAGAUGUGUGAAAACUGUAUUUUCCUCUGUAGAUAAAUGUAAGAAGCUCAGCAUUUGUGGAUUGAAAGUGAUGCUAUUUACUGCUAAACACGAGUGAAUCUGGCCGUUUCACUUGGUAAAAGCUUCUGUCUCUCAGGAUGUCUCAGGAAAGGGAGGUGGAUAAGUACGGGUGAAUCAUCCAUGUUGGAAUGUCUUUUCAUGAGACAGAAAACAGGUGAUCACUCUGAAACAACCGUGAGGCUCCUGUUAAACUAACUGCAGGAAGAUGAGAAGAGGUGAAUGAGAGAAAAUCAUUGAAUCUCAGAGAAAAAAAACAAACUAGAAACCUGAAAAAACAUAAUUUUAAGCCAAGAAACCCUUACAGCCUGUUACAGCCUUUUUAAAAUGUGCAUGCACAUUUAUUAUUUUGAUACCAAAAAGGAAUAUCUGAUAUUUAAUUAAUCUGCUUUGUUGAACUGCCACUGUACUUUUCAUGCUAUGAAUAAAAAAAAAAAAAGUUUUUUAAACCGCA